GGAGCUCCGCCCCCAGCGGAGGCGGCCGAGGCGGGGGCGUGUCUGGGGAGGGCCGGCCCGGCCCAAGCCCCGCCCCGCUCGGUCGCGGAGCGGCCGCCAGCGCUGGGAGGGCCAGGCCCCGGGAUGCCACACACCACCCAGCUGUACCAGCAUGUGCCAGAAACGCGCUGGCCCAUCGUGUACUCGCCGCGCUACAAUAUCACCUUCAUGGGCCUGGAGAAGCUGCACCCUUUCGACGCUGGCAAAUGGGGCAAGGUGAUCAGUUUCCUAAAAGAAGAGAAGCUGCUGUCAGACGGCAUGCUGGUGGAGGCACGGGAGGCCUCGGAUGAUGACCUGUUGGUGGUGCACACCAGGCGAUAUCUCAAUGAGCUGAAGUGGUCCUUCGCCGUUGCCACUAUCACAGAAAUACCCCCUGUCAUCUUCCUCCCCAACUUCCUGGUGCAGAGGAAGGUGCUGCGGCCCCUUCGGACUCAGACAGGAGGAACCAUCAUGGCAGGGAAGCUGGCUGUGGACCGAGGCUGGGCCAUCAAUGUAGGGGGCGGCUUCCACCACUGCUCUAGUGACCGGGGCGGAGGCUUCUGUGCCUAUGCUGACAUCACCCUGGCCAUCAAGUUCUUGUUCGAGCGAGUGGAAGGCAUCUCAAGGGCCACCAUCAUUGAUCUUGACGCCCAUCAGGGCAAUGGGCACGAGCGGGACUUCAUGGGUGACCAGCGCGUGUACAUCAUGGAUGUCUACAACCGCCACAUCUACCCUGGGGACCGCGUUGCCAAGCAGGCCAUCAGUCGGAAGGUGGAGCUGGAGUGGGGCACAGAGGAUGAUGAGUACCUGAGCAAAGUAGAGAGAAACUUGGAGCGAGCCUUCCAGGAAUACCUGCCCGACGUGGUGGUGUACAACGCAGGCACUGACGUCCUGGAGGGGGACCGCCUCGGGGGGCUGUCCAUCAGCCCUGGGGGCAUCGUGAAGCGGGAUGAGUUGGUGUUCCGUGUGGUCCGGUCUCACCAGAUCCCUAUCCUCAUGGUGACCUCGGGCGGGUACCAGAAGCGCACAGCCCGCAUCAUCGCAGACUCCAUCCUCAAUUUGCACGACCUGGGGCUGAUCGGCCCUGAGACGCCCAGCGUGUCGGCACAGAACUCAGACACACCGCUGCUCCCGCCUGCGGUGCCCUGACCCCUACUGCCCACCUAAGUGUUCCCUGCCUGCCUCUGGGCCCUGCCCACUGCCUGCCUUUGUGCUUUUCCUUCUCUAACCUGCUGGCUGGGAGGUGGCAACCAGUGACUGGUGGGAAGGGCAGGGCCAUCCCAUGGAAGAUCCCACGCAGGCCCGGGAGGCGGUGAGUUCAUGAGCUUGGAGGUGCAGGAGGCCUGGGGCUUCAGGGAGGUGGCCAGGUACUGGUAUCCAGGGACACGGAGUUAGUGUCUGCUGUCCCUGUGGGAAUAGUUGUGGGGGAGCACCUGCCUGCUCCUCCCCUCAAGGUGAGAGCUGGGGGGCCUAGGCGUGGGGGCCCUGGGGAAGGUGCAGUGGGCUCUCCCAUCUGGGGUUCCCCUUCAAUAAAGCAAGGUCCCAACCUGCUUUCCCAGCACCUCUGUAGAUGAGAACAGGAAGCAAGGCAUGCAGGCCCUGCUUUGAAAUCAUGUCCCCUUUUAGCAUGAGGCAGGUUGUAGGGAGGAAUCCUCAGAUCAGAAAGGAGGCCUAGCCCGGGAGCCUUAGGGCCUGUUGGCCUUGGGGGGAGCAGGGAGAGGAUGGUAGGCCCCACAGGCAGUGCACAGGGGGCCGGGCUGGGCUCCCUGGAGGUUGGUGGAGACAGCUAGUUGGAGCAGCCAGGGAGUGGGCAGCAGGGAGUGCUGUCUGUGCUUUCCCCAUCUCCUGCCCUUGGCUUUUCCCCGUCUCUUCUCUGAAAGUGACAUUCAGGAAGCUGGCGGGGGCAUGGCCACCUCUCCUCGGCAGUGGCUGCCACAUUGACCCAAGGUGGUGAGAGAGAGGUCUGAAGGCCAUACACUGUCCACCCACUGACCCUGGGCCCAGACUCAGGGCACUAACAAUGCCCUUUGACAACCCCGCCCUUGCCAUGGUCUCUCUGUGUGUAACUCAAGGUCCUUAACAGCCCAGCUGUUCAUGCCAGUGCAAGCCUGAUACCCCUGGGCGCUGGGAACGGACACAGCUUGUCCUGAGGUGCCUCUGUGCUAGAGAAGCCUAAGGCUGCUGUGUGUUCUAGAGGGAACAGGCCCUGCCUCCCGAGGAUGAGAGAAAAUAAAGUUUUAACAUUCAAGCAGCAGGAUGCCCGGUGCGGGGUAGCUGCCU